UGGGAAAUCAUUCUGACAUCGUCAGCGUUCCAAGCAACACACACAACAUUCACACACGCUUUUCCAUUUCAAACACACACAAAAAUGUGCCAACAAGUCGCCAUCAGCAACACCAACACCAACAACAAAAUGAAGAACAACUACAGCAUCAAGCAAGUCUUGAAGACUCUCUUCAAGAAGCAGCAGAAACAACAACAACUGAAACGCCAGAACUCAUUGGAAUCCCUUGAGUCUGUUGACAAUCUGCGCAAUGCCGAAGUCGAAGAGGUUUACUAUGCCGAAAUCGAUGAGAACGCCGCCAACGAGAAACUCGCUCAGCUGACUCAAGAGCAAGAGAUGGAAACCGAUGAAGACAUCUAUGUGCCGGUACGAUUUGCACGCACCGAAGCCGGCACAUUCUUCUGGACCACCAAUCUGCAGCCCGUUGCCAGCGUUGAUGCCGAUCUGCUGCAGCCCGCCUACUGCUACUCCAGCCAACAGCAUCCGUUCAUGCAGUAUCAGGAUCGUUGGGCUCAGGCUUAAGACACUAUCCUAGCAAACGAAAUCCUCAAUCUACAACAAGCUUUAAACGCAUGCAACAUUGUGAUAGCAGCAGCAGCACCGGCAGCGGCAGUACUUAAUUGUAACUCAAAACUCAUCUCAGCGAUCCAGCGCUUCCAUUAGUUCUUAAGAUAUUGUGAUAGAAAAAUGACAGCUUUAAACAAAACAAAAAACUAUACAAAAUACAAAAAAAAGAUAUAAAACUCAAA